GAGCAGGGUACAGCUCUCCCUUCCCCGUGUUUCCUGCUGCAAAGAUCGAGAAGGCCAGCUAGGCUCCCCUGCAAACAUGAAUGCCAUUCUUUUCAGAGACACUCAAGUACAAAUCAUGCAGAACACAAUUUCCAAUGCCGAGAAAUACUUCGGCAGCUUCUGCACCCUGAUGGCUUCUUACACCCGCAAGACUGCCAGACUUCGGGACAAGUCCGAUAUUUUGGUGAAAAAGCUUAUCGACUACGCCAACACGGAAAAUCCCGAGCUGCGGACGACGGUGAAGAAUUUCGCCGAGGAUCUGGCCAAAGUACAGGACUACAGGCAAGCAGAGGUGGAGCGGCUGGAACAGAAAGUCGUUGAGCCUCUCAAGGUGUACGGAGUCCUCACCAAACAAGCCAAGGCCGACAUUAAAACAUUCAGCAAAGCCAGAAAGACGGAAAUAAAGCAGCUAGAGAAGCUGGAGAAAACCAGGCAUAAGUCACCCUCCAAUCAACAUAUGAUUUCACAGGUUGAGUCUCAAGCACACAAAGCUUCACUGGACGCAAGCCGGACCACUCAACAGCUUGAAGAGACCGUUGAUGAAUUCCAGAAGCAGAAGUUGAAAGAUAUCCAGAAGAUCUUCUUGGAUUUCGUCGGCAUCGAGAUGGUGUUCCACGCAAAAGCUCUGGAGGUUUAUUCCCAAGCAUUCCAAACCCUGGAAAAUUAUGAUUCAGAAAAAGAUUUUGAGGAUUUCAGAGCCAAAAUCCAAAUUGCAUCCGGAAGACUGCCCGACUCCAGGCCGGCCCCUGCCACCAACCCAGCCUCCAGCCUUCCGUGGUCCAUAGGAGCCCAGGGUGUCCAUAGCACGCUCCAGAACCUGACUUUUCUGGAGACUGAUGGGGGAUCUGAAGAGGAGCCCUCCCAAGAUUUCAACACCACUAAGCACCCCCAGAUCUGGCAGGUGACCAGCAGGACCCCCUGACAGAUUUCUCCAUUUGUGAAUUUAGACUUUUUUCUUUGCCCCUUUAAGGCCUCCCUCCAGCUCAGUACCCCCUCCCUUUUCCGCACCCCCCAAACAUGACAUCGCAAUAAAACUAUUUGUUUUCAA